AUGAAUAGUCUUUAUUAAGAGAGAGUUACAAAAGUAUUUGACAGACUUUAAAACAUUUAAACCAACGUAGAUUCUGAAAGAUAAACAAAAUGGAAAUUCGCUUUAUCCAUUAUUGAGAAUUUAGAAAGAAAAGUUGAUGAAAUAUAUACUUCUAAAGUGGACAAGUUUGAAGCAUUAAAUGAUAAAAUUAAAGCUCUUUUUGAUCAUCUUCACCAACAAAAAACGAUAUAAGUGAGACUUGACACAGAAGUUUAAGAAAAUAUUGAAUAAACUAAAAAAAAUUGCGUUAACCUUCUAGAUAGUUUCACAAAGGAAAGAGAAGAUAGUGAAAGAAGAGUAUACUAGAAAUUGAAUACUUAAAUAGACAAUUUAACUAUCGAAAUUUAAAGAAAUUACUAAGAGAGAACAGCUUCUUAAAACUAUUUAUAAAGCUAACUUGAAGAUGAGCUUCCUCGUUUUGAAUAAGAAAUUAAAUAAGAGAGCUAAUUUAGAUAGGAUUUAGAAUAAAGAAUCUAUUAAUAAUUUAGUGAGUAAAUUUCAGAGUUAAAAGAAAUGUUCGAAGUUGAAAGAAAAGAACGUGAAUAACGUGAAGAAGAAUUAAUUAAUAUCCUUAAAGUAAUCUAUACUAAAGUAAAUGAAGCUAUUGCAAGAUGCAAAAGUGACAGAGAAAAAAGUGAAGAAAUGUUAGUCAGACUUGUCGAAUAAGUAAUUGAAAAAAUCAAAAAGGAAUUAAGCGAGUCAGAUUAUUGA